UACGCAAUGACCGCCUCUUGUAAGGCUGAUCAAGGUCAUUGGAACGAAACGGCGGGCGGCAUUGAAAGGGUUUGACUUUUUAACGGGCCUCGUAUGUCUGUGUUCACGUUUCUAUCUCGUUCCCUUCCCCCGUUAAUAAACAUACCUGGAGUAACAUCUACUAUUUGUAUCAGCCAAAAGCUUCUGCGGUUGUAUGGUCUCAUCUUUUCUGACUCCACCGGUGUGUAUGCUUUUGGACCGGAAGUACUGCGAUCUCUGCGAAAGCUGGAAAGUUUAGUUGACAAUAAGAUGUUACAGUUAGGAGCUCAACGUGUUUUGCUCCCAACGUUAGGUCCGAGACACAUCUGGGAAAAGUCUGGUCGAUGGUCUACCAUGCAGAGUAGCUUAUUCAGAGUCAAAGACAGAUUAUCUCAUGAGUAUUGUUUACAGCCAACCCAUGAAGAAUGUAUAACCAAUUUCAUUGCCUGUCUAAAUUUGUCGUAUAAGGCCCUCCCUGUUUUGAUGUAUCAGAUAACCAGCAAAUUUCGAGAUGAACCUCACCCAAAACAUGGUCUAGUCAGGGGACGUGAGUUUGUAAUGCAAGACCUUUACACAUUUGAUGCUUCUGCCGAGGCAGCUGAGGAAACCUAUAGACAUGUGAAGACUGCGUAUUCUGACUUGUUGGUUAACCUUGGGUUACCGUACCUAGUUGCAUCUGCAGAUCCAGGAAAUGUUGGUGGUCUCAUUUCAGAGGAAUUUCACGUUCAAGCUGAUGUAGGAGAAGACCGAAUAUUAGUGUGUUCAAAAUGCUCCCUGAAAUUCAAUUCAGAACUUAAAGUUGCUAGCUCAUUGUGUCCUUUACAAUCUUGCCCAAAAGUAUUCAAUGAAGUUCAAGGUAUAGAAGUCGCCCACUGUUUCCUAUUGGGUGAACGAUAUUCAAAGUGUUUUGAUGCCACUUAUCAAUCCCCUUCAGGCUCAAAACUUAUGUUCAUGGGGUGCUAUGGUCUUGGAAUAUCACGUCUACUUGCCGUCUGCAUCGAACACUUGACAAGAGUUGCGUUUCCUGACAAAUCUAAAGAUCAGAUCACACAGCUUCGAUGGCCUGUCCGAAUCGCACCAUACAGCGGAUCAAUAGUUCUACAGAAGGAAACGGCCAAGGACAGUGUGAAUCCAGAUGAGCUGAAAUAUAUCCUCGAUACCAUUCAAAGUGAUUCCAUCAACUUCAAGUUACUUGGUGACAUUUUGGUGGAUGAUCGCAAAGAAUUAAGCUUGGGUAGAAAAAUUCUGGAUCAAAGCCGCUUGGGAAUACCCUGGAUACUUAUUGUAAAGGUACUUAUAAACUCGUAAAUUUGAUUUAAACACCUACCAUAUCACUAACAGUGUGCACAAAAAGAAGUAGAGGGUAUGUGUGAUAACUAUACGGAAUGAGGUUCAUUAUCUAACCUGGCUGGUUUUGUCAAGAAUCUUCCACUGUCCCUACGUACAUCAUCAGCAGAAACUUUAUAUUAGAGUAAGGUAUCCGAAUCUCUCCACAUAUGACUGCUUGUUCUGUCGAUCUUGGUUGUUGACACCUAUCACGCCCAGAAGGACAAUAAAAGCUUCCCGAUUAAAUCACUCAAAUUAGAGAACAAAACUCCAUUUGGGCUACAGAUCUUCUCCAAGAUUAAUAAACUACCGAAUUGAACCAGGUUGAUAUUAAAAAACUAAAAUACUUUAAACCUGGAUGAAUGGUGAACAUGCAGUUAAUAAACUGGUAUUAAUGUAACCCACUGCCACUGCAAAAUCAAAAAUACCAUAAACGAAGAAGAAACUAGUUUUAGAUUAUGCAAAGAAGGUAACAAAUUCGCCCAUCAUUGAGUGGUAAGAAUCUCAUUUUAGAGAAGUUAAAGUGAAAACCCUAUGUUCUGCGUUGGAAUUACAGAACUAUCCUGAAAUCAUUAUAUCCUGUAACUUAUUUUCUAUGUGUGAAUUAGUAAGACUGAUAUAAAAUAUAAGUGUAAAUCGCAAAACUACUGCUACUAAAUUAUUACCUAAGCCUUAAAGUCCAGUGGUUAUUUCCCUAUGAGACCAUUUAUGUGCUUAUCGUCAGAAAAAGAGCGUUCUUCAAGUCAUUUAGACAACAGAAUGAGUUUAAUUUCGAACGCUAUUUUUUCAAAACUUCGAAUGGAAAAACCAUAAUUCUUAAUUAUUUGUGGGUAGCCUGCAGGUUGUGGUUAACCCAUAUAUACUUUAUUCGAUGCACAUGGCACAAAAGGAACCGGACGACAGCUAUGUUCUAGAUAACUUGUGCAUGCUACAUAUGAGGUAUUCAACUUGCUUUGAACCAGAUAUAUCUGCAGCCCUCCAGCUCCUUUAAAUUCAAUUAGAUAUGACCUUGCUUGUAUUGUAAUAAGUGAGAACACAGGUGCGGAGGGGACAACCGAAUGUAUUUUAGUAUAAAAUUACGGAAUACCUUGUUGAAAUAUAAGAACCAUUGAAUGCUUCAUUCCACACUCUGUAUGACUCAUCUAAGUCACAAUCUCCUUCUGUUUACAUUCUAUACUUAUUUGAACACAUAAACAUUGGUACAAGAGGGCACCAAAUUUAUAUGCGCCACAUAAAACAAUAGGAAUUCGAAGAGAAAAAAAGAAGGUAAGGAGCGUUAAGAAAACGAGGACAAUAACGAACAGAUUAGUGUAAGGUAGUGUAAUAGUAAUAAUAAUGGUAAUAGUAGGGGAAACGGAAAGGUAAAGCCAGAAGAAAUCUUUUAGUUAAGGAAGAUACAACCACUUUUUAUGAAGAAAGU